AUGUCUAUGCACGAAGAUGACCCCUUGGGUCCACCCAAAAACACCCAGAACCUUGAUUUGUCCAAAUUGUCUCCCCAAGAGCUUCGAAUUUAUAAGAUGUAUGGGAAAUUACCUACUACUCAGCAAAUUUUGUCAUCUAAAUUUCAAGAUAAGAAGUAUUUUGACAGUGGUGAUUAUGCUAUGCAAAAGCAGUUGGGUGGAGAAAACGUUAAGAGUUCAGUUCCCGGUGGAGUGCCUUUAAAACAUCCAAAUGCCGAAAAAGUCAAGGAAAUAUAUAAUCGAAACUCUAUUAGUGGGAGCAAUGCUGGGAUUAUGUAUAAUGGGAAACUGAGUUUAUUGAAUGAAUCAACCCCGAAUGAAGAAGAAGAUAAAAGAAAUUGA